GGGCUGUUGCCGCACCUAGGUUGCGGGCGGCCUGUCAAAUAGAAUGCUUUCGCCAGCACGACGAUUGGGUGGAAUGGCUUCGGCAGGGCACCCCUGUACAGGUGCCGUGGGUUGUUUCACUCUCCUGCAAGAUGGCAACCGCGUCGGCAGCGGCGUGCUGGCGACAUGUCUGCAAGGGGGGCCCUUGGCGACCGAUGAGGCAGGGCCGUCGCAGGUGGACGCGAAUGCGGCCGCCGCGCCGGCCUUCGUCUGCCGGCUGGCAAUUAGUGGGCGCACCGCCAAGGCGGGUGGUUGGUUUGUUUGUGUGCGCAGCCCGGCGGCGCGUCGCCCCGCGCCCGCCGGCGGCCGAGCGCUCUCCCCCGAGCGCGUAUGCAGCGCUAACACCAGACACCCCGCCCCGGGCGACUACGGCCGGGCCUGCCCAACUGCGGGCGCCCAGGCCGUGAAGCUGCCGGAGAACCCCGAGGCCGCGCCGCGCCCGUUGAGUUUCUUUCUGCAGUUGCUGGGCCCGCCCCGGAAGGGGCCCGCUGUGGUGUUGGUUUCCUGCCACCGGCGCGCGCUGCCGCGCCGGUUGGUUUUCGUGCGAGCGGGGGAGCACUGCCGGGCGCCGCCGCGCGUCGCAACCGCCAGCCGCCCGGCCCCGUGGUGAGUGUUUCUCGCCUGCCCAUCGGCGCGACCGGCCGGCCCGCCGCAUCUGUCAGUCUGCCCCCCCUUGUAAGUGAUGCG